AUGGCAGACAACAACAUCCGAGACCGCUUGAGGUCGCUGGCCUUCGACCUUAGCGAGGCCAGGGGUGCUCUUCGUGGCAAAGCUGUCCCUGUGGCUCUUGGACGCAGAAUCACGCGACUUUGCGUCAUCCGGGGCAUUCGAUACCACGAGCAAUUCGCCAAGCAUCCAGACCUCGAACAGCUCAGGCAAUAUGUGCCAGAAGUCUCCCGUGCUUUGAACGCUCGCGCAAUUAUGAGCAACAAGAUUCCAUCUAUGCCUGAAGCGCGAGACAGACCCUACUGCAUCUGGCACCCUCAAGUGGCAUCGCAAGACACCUACAGGAAGCUGUGGCAGCAGUAUCCUGACAUGUCGUACCAGAUUGCUCGCGCGUGUGCCGUAGCCAACUAUGCGGAAUUGUAUCUCGAGAUGGAUCUGUUACCUGACGUCUCUGUUGCCGAGGAAGCUCGCGCUAGUGGAUGCAUGGAAAUCUAUGAAGCCAUCGUGCGAAAUCCUGUUCGAUAUCGCAUCAUGAAUGAUUACACCAGAGAGAUUACGCUGCAGAAUCCAAGGCCUGCAUGUUUGAACGAUGAUACAGCCAUCGUAUCUACUCUCGAUAUUAAACAAGGCAUCAGAAAACCCCGAGGCAAAGAGAUAGAACCCAUCAUUGAAGGAGCGACCAAGGAAGUGUCCCAAGAUGCCGACGAUAUGUUUGUUGACGAGAUUGACUAUCUUAUUCCCUUUCCUGGGUUUGAGGAGAAAAUGUUCAACAUUACGGAGGACAUGAACGUGGGCGAGGUGAAUUCAGAAGAACCACAGCUGAAUUACCUACCUGAACUGCUCUCUCAACCUCUCCCGGUUGAUUUGCCACAGGGCAACAAGGACCUUUUGAUCCUGAUGGCGGCCUAUUAUGGGAACAUCGAAAGAUAUGCAAGACUGCGUCGUUCUCGCAUGAUCGAAGGGGAGCCAGGGUGCCUCGUGCGUGGGAUCUAUCACAACUCUAUGUUCGCCCUCUGGUGUAGGACCCAAACUAUACCAAACUGGCCGGCCAGCUCGCAUGCCACGAGUGCGAUACAUGCUCGGAUGAUUAUGAACAAUGACUUGAGUCGUAUCAUUAAUCUAGACAAGAGGCAACCCUAUAAAGAAUUUCUUGCCCACAUGCCAUAUCUAAUCUGGUUCCCUAAUCCAGCUGUUCACAAUACAUACAAGACUCUGGCGAGCACUGUGACUGAGAUGAGACCGUCAGUCUUACACGCAGCGGUCUAUACAGAGGAUAAAGAUCUCUUCGACUGGAUGCUGGACGACCUCGGCGUGGCCCCGACCGGCCCUGCUUUUCAGGAAGCCAGGGUUCGAAACCGGGGAAGGGGAGACGCUCCUUCCCACUUCGUGCGUCGUCUAGAGGCUCGUAGUCAAGAACUAGGGAUAGAUCUUGCCGCUCCGGUUGCAAGUUUCAAAAUGUACUCGGCGAAACUUAAGCAGGGUAGUACAUAUUUGGCGAAGGAGCUGACGCCGGCGGAAGUUCAUAGCUCAGUGGAGGACUGGGGAUUUUAUGACGGAUACAUCGUAGAUGCUUCCGAAGUGGAGUUAUUUGCAUCAGCACCUGAAUCUUGGCGCCCAGACUCGUGGAAAGUUGAACUAAACUAUGAGGACUGGCCGAAAAGGGGAAGUACUGAUGAGUAG